GGAUCGGAAGGAUGGCUUACUACAGCACAUGGUGAUGCCGGCGACUGGCUAACAGCUGGCAAAGUGGAGGAAAAAAACACACUCCCAUAGUCAGUGUUGUGUUGAAGACACCCCACUCCCACGAUGUCGAACAACGUCACCGUGACGUCACAACCGUCACCUCAGCUUAAGAACAACUUGGCAAUGGCGCGAGAGAUGAACCCGGCUACCAUUGACAACGCUAUGUGCGAGAGGAAAUGGGGGACGCAAAUUUGUGGCUGCUUUGAAAAUAAAAGACACUGUCUGCUCGGCACUUUCCUGUGGCCUUGCAUGAAAUGUCACAUGGCAAAUAGGAUCGGGGAAUUCCCAGGGGUGGGUUGUCUUGUUCCUGGAGGGCUUUUAGCCAUGCGGGUUAAAAUUCGGACACUACUGGGAAUAAAGGGUUCCAUCUGCCAGGACUGUGCUGUGGUGACAUUUUGCGAACCAUGUGCAGUGUGUCAGAUGUCCAGAGAACUCGACAAGAUGGGCCUCUGAUCCUAGCGCGACCAGCGGGAGAUCUUAGAAAAGAGUCUCUGGGCUGACUUUUUUCAACUGUGUACAUCUACGACAAAAAUCUCCCCCUAGUUUCGUGUUCGGUAUUGUACAAAUAUGAAACAAAUAUUUUUUUCGUCGUAUGCAUGCACAUUCGCAACUUGUGCUUUGGACACCUACAUGAAGUGGUUGUACAAAAAGUGUCGCUCCACAUAGCGGCAAAUGCCAACAGGUACUAGGAGCAGCUGGCCAGCACAGUGGUAAAUUAUUUACAUGUAUUUGUGACAAGUGGUCCGAAUUGUGGUAAAUUACACUGAAGUAUUUAAAGCAGGUGCUUUGCCUUGAAGUGAAAAAAACAUGGGUGUAUUGGAGACAGAUGCUCCGUGCUGUGAAAAAAUACACAGCAUGUAUUUGUGACAAGUGGUCCGAACUGUGUUAAAUUACACUGAAGUAUUUAAAGAAGGUGCGUGGCCUUAGUGUGGAAAACAUGGGCUUACUGGGGAUAGAUGCUCCAUGAUGUGGAGAAAUACACAGUAUGUAUUUGGCACAGGUGAUUUUCAGUGUGGUAAACUUCAUAUAUGUAUUUGGCAAAGAUGCUUCGCAUUUGAGUAAUUUACAUACAUGUGUUUGAACACAACUGCCUCCCAUUGAGGUAAAUUACAUACGUGUACUUGAGCACAAGUGCCUGUCGUUGUGGUAAUUACAUACGUGUAUUUGAGCACAAGUGCCUCUCACUGUGGUAAAUUACAUACGUGUAUUUGGCACAGACGCUCCAGUUUGAGGCAAUCGCUGCAUGUGUUUGAGAUAAAUUCUGCGAUUUGUGGUAAGCUUUUGCGUAUAUAUGAGGCAGGUGAUAAGAUUGGUGCAAUCUUUAGAGAAGAAUAACUAAAGCCCUCAUGCCAAUGGUUUGAAUCGCCAUGUUUGCAUUAUUUGGAAUUGCUGCCUAACUGAAAUGCGGAGUAAAGCUCAAGUUGAUGUGAAUUGCUUCUACGAAUUGCUUUGGAGAUCUUUUCUGAAAAAAAAUGUACGUUGGCUGUGUUGCAACAGAAGGGGCCAAUGUCUUUGGGCAUUCCUUGAAGAAAACUGGGACGACUCAGAAAAACGUGGUGAUGUUGUAAUGCCAAAACUGUUGCCAGCAUAGUUUUCAAAUUUCUUGAAAUCUGUGGAGCAAAUGGCUAUGUGUAACUUUAUUAACGAGUUGUAUUUUAGGAGUGUACAGAGUGAAGUUUUCUAUUCACUCAAAAAAGUGAUGAGCUAAAUUUGACAGAAAGUCUGUUGUCUCAGUUAGGCUAAAAUGUAUUCGGUAAUUAUAGCAUAACUCUGUGUCGUAUUCAACAUAACAGUCUGUUCAAAUAUAAUCUUGAUGCUGAAUAUAUAUGUAUGAGGUGUAUUUCACAGAAUUCAUUCCAACGUCAUUCAAACAACAGACUUUCUGUUAAAUUUAACAGAUUAUUACUAUUAUUUGAUAGAUGCCGUGACAAUCCGUUCUUAUUCAUUAAACGUGUGAAUGCCAUCGGUGACCAUCCGGGACAUCCGAGACACAAUCUAUUCACUGACCACAGUGUGUACAAUACAAUUGGCUUGCGGUUAUCCACUGACUAGAAUGAACAAUCUCCCCAAGCAUUACCGUAAUCAGAUUGUCGCAUGAUUUGUGUUUUAAAAUAGCAUUGACAAUGUUUGAUAAAGCGUCAUGGUGAAACACGUGGUCUAUAUAUGCGAUUGUUGAAAUCAUGUCUUAUCCCCAAAAACUAUCAGUAUUUUCGUUAUGGGACUGAGUAUCUGAUGAUAUGUAUACUUUAACUGUUUUGAGCACGAUAUGAGAAAUUUAUUCAGUUAGGUAUAUAAUUGUUUACUCCCUUCAUUUUUUAAAUGCUCACAACAACAAUUUGCAAGUGGACGAAGUGAUAGUACAAUACAAAUAAACAACGUAG